UCUUUUAUCCAUUUCAUCUUCGGAGACCUCGCCCGAGAGAGAGAGAGAGAGAGGCGUUGAUUCAUGGAAGCAGUUGAAGACAUAGUGAUUGUUGGUGCUGGCAUAGCAGGUCUCACUACAGCUUUGGGACUACACAGGCUUGGCAUUAGAAGCUUGGUUUUGGAGUCGUCUCAUGGGUUGAGAGCCACGGGGUUCGCCCUCACAACAUGGACAAAUGCUUGGCGGGCCUUGGACGCAGUCGGCAUCGGCGAACCGCUCCGCCAACAGCACCACCGACUUCUUGGGUUGCAGACUGCUUCCACAAGUACUGGACUUCCUACAGCUGAGAGACAAUUUGACGUCACAGGGACACAACGAGGCCACGAAAUUCGUUGCUUGCGGAGGAGAGCCUUGUUGGAAACUCUUGCAAAUGAACUUCCUAGCGGCACUAUAAGGUAUUCAUCCAAGGUUGUGUCGAUUGAGGAAUCAUGCUACCUUAAGCUGGUCCAUCUUUCUGAUGGGUCAAUUCUCAAGGCAAAGGUGUUAAUUGGGUGUGAUGGAGUGCACUCAGAAGUGGCAAAAUGGCUAGGCUUCAAGAAGCCUGCUUUUGUUGGCCGGUCUUGCAUCAGGGGCUCUGUGCAUUACGAGCAUGGUCACAGUUUCGAGCCUAAGUCAUUUCGUUGCUUUGGUGAAGGAAUUAGAUCUGGUGUCAUCCCUUGCGAUGACAAGUCUAUUAUUUGGUUCUUCACUUUUUCUUCUUCCAGCAAGAAUGAAGAGAUGGAAGAGAGUCCGGCCAAGAUGAAGCAAUUUGUGCUGGGCAAGCUUGGAAAAAUACCAGACAACAUGAGAGCUGCUAUCGAGAAAACAGAACUGGAUGACUUUAUCCUGUCGCCGCUGAGAUUUCGACCCCCAUGGGAGAUUCUGCUGGGAAACAUAAGCAAAACUAAUGUCUGUGUAGCCGGAGAUGCAUUCCACCCCAUGACGCCGGACAUUGGCCAGGGAGGCUGCGCAGCUCUGGAAGAUGGCAUCGUCCUAGCGAGAUGCCUGGGGGAAGCCUUGAGGGACAAGCAAGGCAUGAGCAGUGAAAAAGAGUACAAGAGGAUUGAGAUGGGCUUGAAGAGUUAUGCCAAAGAGAGAAGAUGGAGAGCAUUUGAGCUCAUAAGCACGGCUUACAUGUUGGGCUACAUCCAACAGAGCAAUGGCAGGGUCUUGAACUUCUUGAGGGACAGAGUACUGGCCAGCUUCUUGGCUGGGCUGCCGCUGAAGAUGGCGAGUUACGAUUGCGGGAAGCUGAGAGCUUCCUGAACUACCCAGUUUGCUUACUUACCAAUGUGUUUUGCGCCGGUAUUAAUAUGGGCCGAUCUCAUCAUAUACCCAAUACUGAUAGGGGAGAUAGUUGUGUCGAGUCGUGAUUGGUUUGCUUCGCCUCCCAUGUAUCACAGGAAGGGUUCUUGUCUAUGCAGAGACAGGUUUGUGAAGUAUAGAAAGUCCCGUGAGGGCACUUUUACGUAUGGUUUCAGGUAUGUCAAGGAGUCUUUAUUAACAUAAAUAUCAUCAACUGCCAUUUAUAACUCAG